AUGUCGUGGGCCGGCUUCAAGAAGAAUGUCAACCGCGCGACGACGCAGGUUAUGAUGAAGACCGGUCAUGUUGAACGGACGAAUGAUCGGGAUUAUGAGAUUGAAGAGCGACGAUACCGGACUAUGGAAGCGGCUGCCAAUCGGCUGCAGAAGGAGGCGAAGGGAUACCUGGAUUCGUUGCGAGCCAUGACGGCCUCGCAGAUGCGCAUCGCCGAGACCAUCGACGCCUUCUACGGCGACGCAGGCACAAAAGACGGUGUGAGCAGAAGCUACAAACAAGCCGUCGAGGACCUGGACGCGGAAACAAUCAAGGCAUUGGACGGGCCAUACCGGUACUUCUCCCUCCACCGUCCACUAAACCAAAAACUAACACAGAACAAAAGAGCAACAGUCCUAGACCCAAUCUCCCGCUUCUGCGCCUACUUUCCGGACGUAAAUGAAUGCAUCAAAAAGCGCAACCACAAACUCCUCGACUACGACGCCAUGCGAGCCAAGGUAAAGCGACUUGUCGAAAAGCCCGACAAAGACGCCACAAAACUUCCGCGCACCGAACGCGAGUGCGAAAUCUCCAAGCAAGCCUACGAACAACUCAACGAACAACUAUUCAACGAACUGCCGCAACUCAUCGACCUGCGUGUCCCCUACCUCGAUCCUAGCUUUGAAGCCCUCGUCAAAAUCCAGCUGCGGUUCUGCGCCGAGGCCUACUCGCGUAUGGCGCAGGUGCAGCAGUAUCUUGAUGCGGAGACGAGGGAUCAGUAUGCGCGCGGUGAUUUGGAUAAUCGGGUUGAGGAGGUUUUGCAAGAGAUUCGGGAUUUGAGUAUUGCGGGGACAGUCUGA